UCUGCCAAGUGAUCAUUUCCUCGCGGAGUUUGCAAAAGUUAUGCACAUGCAAAGUGUAUUCCCACUGUAAUCGUGAAUUACGGCCUCGAAUGUGGGUCGCCGUGUGAAAAGAAGGCCUCAGUGAUGCCAAGACAUUUGUCGACUUUAUCGGGGUAUCAGUACUGGGAGAGAUAAGCCUGAUAAAGAACGUUUAGUCACUUUCCAGGCUUUUCUGGGUGCACACCUCUGUGACAAGUUCCAAUGAUUCGAGAUCGAUUGCCGGAUCUGUGUGCAAGACGCAGAAGUGAUUCCAACUUUGGGAGAGGACUUUUGAAAGAUGUUUGCGUUCAGAUCGGGCAGAAUAAAAGGGUGAAGGAUGUUCUAGAACAGGCUGAAAAUAUCAGGACAAUGCUGGAUAUCCUCCAGGACAACGUGAAUAUCGUGAAAAAUCUUCAUAACAAUGAACUACUGCACACGAAUCCAGAUAUUCACACUGAGCUCGAGGGUCGAACAUUCAUAAUCUCUCAAACUUCGUUGAGAAUUCGUACAAGUUUAAAAGAGCUCAGCAAGGAUAUCCCGCACUUUGAGGAACUCUCGCUCGACGCCGCGAGGGAAGGCACUGCGCAUGCGCGCAUUCGGGUGCUCCAGUAUGUCACGAGUUUUGAAUUGUUCUCGCGGAUCAUGCGGGAGUACAAUGACGCGCUGAUGAAGUACCACGCCAAGUGCUCGUCGAUUUAUCAUCAGCAGAAGAGAUUACUUAGGAAGGAAAAUUCUAGUCAAUACAUCGAGUCUGACCCGGAGGAAGGGGAGAAAACGAGUCUUUUUGUUGAUAAUAUUCUGGAGGAAAGUCGAAUUGCCAGAGCACAGCUGUCAGAAAUCCAGAUGAGGCACACAGAGAUGUUGAAACUUGAAAAAUCAAUCGUGGAGAUCAGGGAUAUGUUCAUAGAAAUGGCUUUUGCGGUGGAAAAACAGGGAGAACAAUUAAAUUGUGUCGAAUAUUUCGCUGGGCAGGCAACAAAUAACGUUGACAGUGGAAAAGUUGAUAUAAGAAAAGCUGAGAAGCGAAAAAAUCGGCAUCGAAAGAGAAAAAUCAAGUGCCUGAUCAUUCUCGCGAUAGUCAUAAUAAUUCUGCUCCUAAUAGCGAUAUUUUUGUGAAUAAAAAACGUAUAAAAUUUUAAAUAUCAACAUAAAGUGAUCGAUUUUUUAUCAAUUGUUUUA